CCUUCCGGCUAUGUUCGGUCCCGUCCGGCCAGUCCCGCCUUGCGCGCCCAUUUCGAUCACGAGUUUCAAGCUCGCGUCUCCAGGCUCGAGCGCCCGGCAGCGGUCUCCCAGGGCGGCGUUCCCGGGCGGCGGCCAUGGGGACAGGGAUGGCGCAGCUGGAGGGUUACUACUUCUCGGCGGCCCUGAGCUGCACGUUCUUGGUGUCCUGCCUCCUGUUCUCCGCCUUCAGCCGGGCGCUGCGGGAGCCCUACAUGGACGAGACCUUCCACCUGCCGCAGGCGCAGCGCUACUGUGAGGGCCGCUUCUCCCUCGCGCAGUGGGACCCCAUGAUCACUACAUUGCCUGGCCUGUACCUGCUGUCAGUCGGAGUGGUCAAACCCGCCCGCUGGAUCUUCGGGUGGUCUGAACAUGUUGUCUGCUCCAUUGGAAUGCUCAGAUUUGUGAACCUUCUCUUCAGCGUUGGCAACUUCUAUUUACUGUACUUGCUUUUUCGAAAGGUACAACCCAGACACAAGGCUGGCUCCAGUGUCCAGAGAAUCUUGUCAACGUUAACCCUAGCAGUAUUUCCUACACUCUAUUUUUUUAACUUCCUUUAUUAUACAGAAGCAGGAUCCAUGUUUUUUACACUUUUUGCCUAUUUGAUGUGUCUUUAUGGAAAUCAUAAAACGUCAGCCUUGCUUGGAUUCUGUGGCUUCAUGUUCCGUCAAACAAACAUUGUCUGGGCUGUGUUCUGCGCAGGGAACGUCGUCGCGCAGAAGCUCACUGAAGCCUGGAAAACUGAGCUACAGAAGAAGAAGGAAGAACGGCUUCCUCCUAUUAAAGGACCGUUUUCAGAAUUCAGGAAAAUUCUUCAGUUUCUUUGGGUUUAUUCCAUGUCCUUUAAGAACUUGAGUAUGCUUUUCCUUUUGACUUGGCCGUACAUCCUUCUAAUAUUUCUGUUUUGUGUUUUUGUGGUAGUUAAUGGUGGAAUUGUCGUUGGCGAUCGGAGCAGUCAUGAAGUCUGUCUCCAUUUUCCCCAGCUAUUCUACUUCUUCUCUUUCACUCUCUUUUUUUCCUUUCCUCACCUGCUGUCUCCUAGCAAAAUGAAAGCUUUUCUUUGCUUAGCUUGGAAACGCAGAAUUCAGUUUUUUGUGCUUACUUUAGUCUGUGUAUUUUUAGUGUGGAAAUUCACUUAUGUUCAUAAAUACUUGUUAGCCGAUAACAGACAUUAUACAUUCUAUGUGUGGAAAAGAGUUAUGCAGAGAUAUGAAAUUGUGAAAUAUUUGUUAGUUCCAGUCUAUCUAUUUGCUGGUUGGAGUAUAACUGACUCAUUGAAAUCAAAGUCAGUUUUCUGGAACUUAAUGUUUUUCAUAUGCUUAUUUACUGUUACAGUACCUCAGAAACUGCUAGAGUUUCGUUACUUUAUUUUACCUUAUGUUAUUUAUAGGCUAAACAUACCUCUGCCACCCAUAUCUAGACUUGUUUGUGAACUGGGUUGCUAUGCUGUUAUUAAUUUCCUAACUUUUUAUAUCUUUUUGAACAAGACUUUUCAGUGGCCAAAUAGCCAGGACACUCAGAGGUUUAUGUGGUAACAUCUCAGACAUCUUGAACUAAAAAUAAAUUUAGUCUUUCCACAUGAGCAACUGAACAGGUAAAAAUUAUGGACUUUCUUUUAGACAAUGGUGAUCCUCAGAUCACAUCAGAUUUUUUUAUUUUUAAACAUCAGAUAUAUGUGUUUUAAACAUAUAUAAAAAUCCAAGGAGUUAAGUGGUAAAGAACUUAGAAAAGUUUAAGACUUGCUCCAUUAGCCUGAGUAAUAUUAGAAAAAUAAAAUUGUUUACAAUGAUCUCAUAUCACUUUUGUACUGCUGGCCACGCAAAAAGCUUGGAAACUUUUUAUAGACACAAGUUUAAGAAAAUUGGGCCUGCAUUUUAAUACUGGAACUUAUGCACAAAUUCUCUUCAGAAAGGAAGUGUAGGCAAAAUAUUAAAAAAAUAUUUACAAAUGAUCAGGUCAUAUUUGUGAUGGAAAAGUUACUUAACAUUUCGGUAAAUAUAAUUUUAAUCAUAAGGCAAAAUAGACUCACAUUGAUAGUAAAUGUUAGAAAUUCAAGGCUCAUCUGUGACUACCUAGGAUUUAAGUUACUGGUUUUUGUUGAAAAUCUAGAAAUGAUGAAGCUGUUUCACUAAUUUCUAAUGUGAAAUAUGUAACAACCAAAGAUAAAUUGUGUUUAUGAUAAUACCUUUAAAAAGGGAUUUUCUUUUCUGAAAUUUGUCACUGUAUUAGUUUUCUUUG